AUGAGUUCAACCCUUUCCAUGGCUCUUCGUGCGUUAGAUCAUGGUGAUAAGAAGAUAUUGAGGACACGCUUCAUUGCAAUCAUGUCUAAAGCAACACCAGAUUAUAAUGAAAAUCUGCACGAGAUUGUUGAUGUUCUUAUCGAAACUAAUUUCCCUUGUGUUCAUGUAAUCGACCAUCCAAUAUUUAUCCUUAUGAGAAAUACAUUGGUUGAUAUUUUUCAAAAGCCGGCUGACGAAUUUCACUUAUUAUAUCGUAUCGGUGAACUCUUUUCUCGAAUGGCCGAUUAUGUCGAUGACAAAAACAUACAUUUAUUUCAACAACUUUUCACGGAUGCAACGAUAAUCCAAUGCUUAAUCAGAGAACUCAGCAGCGUAUCGUUGACAUCACAUGACAGUCUAAUCAGUGGUAUUGGGCAUCUGAUCGAUACAUAUCGAAAAUUUCAGCGUUUCCGCCCGGAUAUCCAAGAUAAUGUGAUCCUUAGUUCACUAAUAAUGCCCAUUGUUAACUUUGUCAAGUCAGCAGAAUAUAAGACAUCAUUUCUUCGACUGUCUGCGAAGCAAGAUGAAAUUACUAGUUUUCAGAAGCUUAUUCUCGUCACGUGUCCCAAAUACAUAGUAUCAUUUUGGUGUAAGCGCCAGCCGGACGUUGCGCGCGCAGCAGCUGAAGAAACAUUGAGUCGAUCGUCGGACAUUUUAAAAUAUUUUUUACCGACCAUUGACGGUUGGAAAGAAUCUGUAAUAUGGUGUAUGUUUUACAUGAUCUGGCUUUGCCAAUAUAGUUCCGAUGACUGUCUUCUUGUCGAUUACAGCGUACAACACACGAAACUUCUUGACUAUGUACUAAAAAUAGUCCAAGGAAAAAAACUUUUGUAUCUGGAAAGUCAGGAUCCUACAUCUGGUAACCUUCAGAAACGGGCCAGUGAACUUCUGUGUUAUGCCACUCUGUACAUAUACGCUACGACAUUUUUGCCUGAGCUCUGUCAAAAAUUAAAAGAGUAUAACAUUACGUCAAUCCUUCUCAGACUCACAAAGGCUAACUAUAGCAAAACUCAGUUUCAUGCCUAUCGUAUACUAGCCGUUGUUCUCAGUAGUGAUGAUAUUAAACAACUGGCAAAUGCAGCUCAAAUCACCACUGUUUUCAUAUUCUAUCUGAAAGAAUCUAUAAAUCUUACCUCAACAAGGUCACGUCUCAUGAAUUUGCUUCUCAAUCUGAAAAAUCUCAGUCAGCACGAUGAAAUAAAAGCGGAGUUCGGAAGACAAGUCGAAGGUCUUUCGCUCCUGAUUCAGUGCGCAACAGAAUCUCAGUUCGAUCCUGAAAAAGUGCAACUAUGUGCACUCGAAAUUAUUAUGUCCUUAACAUUUAACAAUGAAGUCGAAGCUUGGCUCCGACAAAACAACAUAUUUGUUCAGUAUCUACAAACAUUGACCUCGACAUCGAAUGCACCAUAUUUGCAGAAAGUUGCUGGUGGCAUUCUAUGGCGAUUGUACGGAAAGACUGAACAUGAGUUUCAGUAUGAUGUUAUGAUAUCGUAUUGCCAUAAGGACAAACAUAUAUGCCAUCGAAUUCACGAAGCUCUCAAUGCUGAUAAAUUUCGUGUAUGGAUUGAUCGUGAAGAAAUGCAUGGCUCAAUGAUGGAAGUGAUGGCUGAUGCAAUUAAGCAAUCGCGUUGCGUCCUAAUAUGUAUGAGUGAUAAUUACUAUUUGAGUCCCUAUUGUCAAGCCGAAGCGAAGUAUGCAUUUGAAAAACGACGUUGCUUGAUUCCAAUCAGAGUGCAGUCUGGUUACAAAGCCGACGGAUGGUUAGCUUUCAUAACAACAUGUCUAAAAUAUGUGGAUUUUACGAAAAUGGAUUUUGAUACCGCCUACACCCAAGUGGUGUCAGAAAUUCGUCACAGUAAAGCUGGUUGGAAAAAUUCUUCGGUGAUUUUAUCGCCAUCGAAGAUGUCGGAAGCACCAGCGAUGAGGGAAGGCGGGCUUGAGUCGACUGUUGCUAGUCUACAAAAGCGAGUAGAACUGAUUGACAGUGGUAUUGAAAGAAUCCACGACUCACUGAACUGGAUAAUGAAGGCGAUGGCACGCGUGAAAAUGGCCAAUGAGGACCCUCCACUCAUUGAACACAAACAAACUACCNUGUAG